AUGCCCAGUAUUCUCCGCCCGUUCACGUCCAAGAAACUCCCCGGGAUCGGCGAGCGUUUACCCGGGAAGACGUGGGAGACGUGCACGUACCUGGAUUACAAUGCGACGACGCCAAUCUGGCCUGAGGUUGCGCGCGCGAUGACGCCCUUCGUGAACGAACACUUCGGGAACCCGUCGAGUGGACACGCGUUCGCGUCACCGUGUCGAGAGGCGAUCGCGCGGGCGAGAGAGCACGUGGGAACGAUGUUGGGGUGCGACGCGAGCGAGGUGACGUUUACGUCGUGCGGUAGCGAGAGUGAUAAUUGGGCGAUCGAGGCCGCGGUUCGAGCGUUUCGGCGAAGAAUCGGGGAUUUGAAGGCCAAGCCAAAGGUUGUGGCGACGUCGAUCGAGCAUCCAGCGGUAAUUGAGUACUUGAAGUCGAUGGAGGCGUUUGGCGAGCUCACGUACGAGCUCGUCGGAGUCGAUGACGAGGGCGUCGUGCGCGUCGACGACGUCGCGAAAGCGAUCGAUGCGAACACGUGUUUGGUGACGGUGAUGCAUGCGAAUAACGAGACGGGGGCGAUGCAGCCGGUGAAGGAGAUCGCGGACGUCGCGCGAGCGAGGGGCGUUCUCGUGCACACGGACGCCGCGCAGAGCUGUGGGAAAGUUGCGGUCAAGGUGGAUGAACUCGGGGUUGACAUGGUGACCAUCGUCGGCCAUAAGAUCGGCGCUCCCAAGGGCGUUGGAGCGCUGUACGUUCGGUCCGGGACCGAUCUCGGCGGGACGAAGCCGUUUUACGGCGGCGGACAGGAGAGCGGUCGACGCGCCGGGACGGAGAACGUCAUUCAUAUCGUCGGUCUAGGAAAGGCGUGCGAGAUCGUCGAACGUGAGCGCGAUGAGUGUCCGAAGCAUCUUAAGGCUAUGCGUGACGAUCUGCAGAAGCGACUGGUUGAAGCGCUUGGCGGCGCCGACGGCUCUGGUGUGCGAAUCAACGGUCCGGCGGACGACGCCAAACGCUUGCCAAACACGCUGAACAUCGGCAUCAAGGGCUUGCUCGCGUCGAUUUCUCUCAUCGAGCUCGGUGAUGUCCUGGCCGCGAGCGCGGGUGCGGCGUGUCACACUGCGGACGCCGCCGCCGCGGGCGGCGCCACGGUCUCCGACGUUUUGAAAGCGAUGAAUGUCCCGAUGGAGUUCGCCGUCGGUACGCUUCGAUUAAGCGUCGGUCGGCACACAACGAAGGCUGAUAUUGAACGCGGCGCGUCAUUGCUCAUCGAAGCCGCGCGGCGACAGAACGCCGGGGCGCGGUAG